GCAAAAGUGUCAGUAUAAGACUAAGCUUGGGCGAUUUUAUUCUAUUUCUAAGCAUACAUUCACAAAUAACGUUUGCUUGCCGACAAAUGGCGACAUAUCCGACCGACAUAACAAGGGCCUAGGUCAAAGUCCAAACAAAUGGAACAAGAUGACGUACGCGAACACACACCCCCAGAACGCCCCCGUCAUGAGCCAAUCACAUGAUGAGCUUGAAAUGUAAGAUAUUUCGCAACUUUAACCCUGCAAACGUCGCUUUUCUAGCAAGAUUGAAUAAGGAAUAGACAAGUGAGUCUUAGCUUUGAAGUCUUUGGUCGAAGUUUUUUACUUUUUUACUCAAAUUUCUCUAAAUUCUGGAUUACAACUGGCCAAACAGCGGCCCAAACAGCCUACCUACGUGACAUGCUAAUAAGAAACCAGUCAACUGCUCGACGAAAACCGCGCUCUGAUUGGUUUAGCAGGUGUCACUCAGGUGGCCUACGUGGAAUGUUGUUUAGGUACUUUCUCCGUAUCUGUAUCAGACCUAAAACAUGCGAAAUAGUCUCGCGAAUAGGGGUACAUUUUGAUAUUUGAAAUCUAAAAGAUAUUGGGGAAGCCAUUCGAGUGCCUUUUGGCAACCAUUCGAGCGUAAUUUGGGUUCUAUUAUUAUAAAACGCGCAAGGAAGUCACAAUGGUCCUAGGAGCUUCAAGACCAGGCGAGGAUCCAAGCAUAUUGGUCAAGUUCUGCAGCGCUGGAAUCGCUGCUUCUAUAGCCGAGGCUGCUACGAUUCCUAUUGAUACGGCAAAAGUUCGCCUACAGAUUCAAGGUGAAUCUGCUGUGAUGGCAUCGAUUGCACAGGGAGUUCGGACAACACAUGACGCCCACUACCGAGGUAUGCUGGGAACAAUGGUCACUCUAUUCAAAACAGAAGGCAUGAAGACUAUGUAUAAAGGCCUUAUCCCUGGUAUCCAUCGCCAGCUCUGCUUUGCAAGCAUAAGAAUUGGACUUUAUGACCAGGUUAAAGCAAUGUACGGAGACACAGAUGUGCAAAAUCCUAAGAUUCUUAAGAAGAUAGCAGCAAGUAUUACAACAGGGAUCAUGGCUGUGAGUGUUGCCCAACCAACAGAAGUUGUGAAGAUCAGGUUUCAGGCAGAUGCCGGCCGCUACACCUCUGGAACUAUGGGGACCUAUGCUGAAAUUGCCAGGAAUGAAGGCAUGAAAGGCUUAUGGAAAGGCGUCUUCCCCAAUAUGGCCCGUCUUUGCACAGUGAAUGUAACAGAACUUGUGGUUUAUGACUCAAUCAAAGGGCUGUUCCUUCGGAAACAGUGGAUGGCAGAUGAGUUUCCACUUCAUUUUGUGUCUGCAUUUGGGGCAGGGUUCGUUACCACUUGCGUAGCAUCACCUGUAGAUGUAGUGAAGACAAGAUACAUGAAUUCCCCAGCCAACACCUACAAGAGCGGCAUUGAUUGUGCUGUACAGCUGUUUAAACACAAUGGGAUCUUUGCCUAUUAUAAGGGGUUCAUGCCUAACUUUGUGCGGCUUGGCUCUUGGAAUAUUGUCAUGUUCGUGUCAUAUGAGCAGCUCAAACGCCUCUUCUGCAGUUUCAAGGAGAUCUCACAACAACCAGCGUAAAAACCUUCUUCUUUAUAAUGGCAAAAGGGGCUAUACGAAGCUAUAGUUGCCUACUUAAUUAAUACAACACCUUAUUCACACAGUUUUCCUAACAUGAAAACUAAGUACAAUUUUAUCAACAUUAGGCAAUUGCCAGUUAUUAGAGAAUGUGGAACUCGCAUCAUAGGUAGGUUUUUGGGGGGACUCUUGAUAUUCCCUGGAACUCUUAUGGAACUUUCCUGGAAGCUCUGUAUAUCUUGCCAGUGCUGCUUUAUGGAUAUAAGCAAUAUCAAGCAUUUUAUGCAAAGGGUGGGGUUUGGGGAUGGGUUGGCUGAGAGGUUUCAAUAGGUUAGUGAGGCAUAAACUAUUGUUAGAGGGUUCUUUAAAAAGAACCUUUGAAAAGGUUAGAAUCUAGAUCCCAUGGAUCUGUUGAUACUAAAGUUUAGGCUUGUUAUAACUGUAUUUAGAUAAUAAACAGUACAGCACAGUACACAGAGAAAGAUACAGACAUGCAAUGUGGUAUAUAUAUUUGAUGUCAUGAUCUGAUCAUGUCAAUACAAUAUAAUGAUCAAUAUUUCUAUUAAGUAGGUCAUAAUUACAUAAGUUAGAACACAUUGCGAGAUGUUGGCACCAAGUGGUGGGGACCCAAUUUCAUAGAAUAAAAUAUUUAGUAUCGUGUUGCCGUUGUCGUUGCCUAAAUUCCCUACUUUGUGGGCGCGAUACAGAGACAAUAAGAGAACUGGGUAGCAAGCUCUGCCUCUAAGGGUUGGUUGGUGGAUGAAGGACGAGUAGCUCGUAAAAAAAUUCUCCGGGAUGACUCGAGUUUUUAUAUAUGUACAGAAAUGGUUCAGUAUUUUACUUAUAAUUGUAGGUAAUAUAACAGACUAGUUGCUAAUGCCACUGGUGAAUGAAUAUAUUUUAAUCUCUUAUGUGGUAUGAUAAUAAACCUAAAGAGUGAGUAAA